GCUCAUGCAGCAGCGACAGCUCCUCUGCGCAGCCCCAGUGCGCAGCCACCAGCAGCACACACCGACAUGCUGUCCCGGUCCUCGGGCGUUUACCGGCGGCUCGGCCGCUCCCUGUCCGCGGCCAGCCAGGUCUAUAAUGUGCCGAUACACCAGAGUCCAUCAGGUCACUUUUUCUGCAGCCAAGUGGCUUCCAGGAAAUCUCAGUCAAAUGAAUUUCUGUUUCCAACGGUUGUGCACCAUGUAAGAGACUUCAGGACGUCUGCCGUUUGCAGGGAUGAAGUGGUCACAGUCAAAACUCCUGCAUUUGCUGAAUCAGUUACAGAGGGGGAUGUGAGGUGGGAGAAAGUUGUGGGCGAUUCGGUGGCAGAAGAUGAGGUGGUGUGUGAAAUUGAGACGGACAAGACAUCUGUACAAGUCCCUGCUCCAUCUGCUGGUGUGAUUGAAGAACUUCUAGUGCCUGAUGGAGGGAGGGUAGAAGGAGGGACGCCUCUUUUUAAACUACGAAAAACAGAUGCAGCAGCUGCCAAAGCUGCUCCUGCCACCUCUCUGCCUGAAGAGGCCCCUCCUGCGGCGGCUGCAGCCCCUCCACCUCCACCAGUCCCUGCUGGUUCACCUCCAGUCCCACCAAAAGCUGCCCAAGCUGUGCCUGUAAAGCCAACUCCAGCAGCUCCUGCAGCAGCUGCAGCUGCAGUAGGAGUCAGAGGGGAAAACAGGGUGAAAAUGAACCGCAUGAGGCUGAGGAUUGCUCAAAGACUGAAGGAGGCUCAGGACACGUGUGCCAUGCUGACGACCUUCAACGAGGUGGACAUGAGCAACAUUCAAGACAUGAGAAAGUUACACAAGGAUGCUUUUUUAAAGAAGCACAACUUCAAACUGGGGUUUAUGUCAGCUUUUGUUAAGGCUGCUGCACACGCUCUGACUGAUCAACCUGCUGUCAAUGCUGUUAUUGACGAUGCCACCAACGAGAUCAUCUAUAGAGACUAUGUAGACAUUAGUGUUGCUGUGGCAACUCCAAAGGGACUCGUCGUACCAGUGAUUCGUAACGCUGAAACCAUGAACUUUGCUGACAUUGAGAAAGCUAUUAAUGCUUUGGGAGAAAAGGCUCGUAAAAAUGAGCUUGCUGUUGAAGACAUGGACGGAGGAACAUUCACCAUCAGCAACGGCGGCGUGUUUGGCUCCAUGUUUGGCACACCCAUCAUUAACCCGCCCCAGUCGGCCAUCCUGGGCAUGCACGGCAUCUUCGACAGACCUGUGGCCAUCGCUGGAAAGGUUGAAGUCCGGCCCAUGAUGUACGUAGCGCUGACGUACGACCACCGGCUCGUCGACGGCAGAGAGGCGGUCACUUUCUUACGCAAGAUCAAAGCCGUGGUGGAGGAUCCGCGGCUGCUGCUUCUGGACAUGUGAUGUUUCUACCACCACAUCACUUUUACUCAAAGAUGCUCAGUUGCACAAAACGAGCUCCGCAAAAAAGACAACGCACAAGUCCCACUAAAUGUCUCAUAAAUCUGUUUUAAAUGUUCAGUCAGACUGAAGAGGAAUAUUGAAGUUGUGUCUCAACAUGUUUAGGACUUAAUGCAUGCACACGCGAGACUUAUCUAACGUAUCUGCUACAUCAACAAAGCAGAAAGACCGCUUAUCGUAUUUUAUCAGUAGUUAUUAUUGGAACAAUAAGAAAAUAUUACAUCAAUUAGGGUAAAAUUGGGAGACAGUUCUGGAACAAUGUUACUUUUCCAGACGAUGGUUGUUGUUGUUUGUGUAACUUUCCCUUCCUGUUGAUAGUCGAGUGUUGUAGUUACAUCGUCCAAGUCAGCUCCAAACUGAGUCAUUUACUACAUUCAAGAUGUUUAAUUUUAAUGAGUUUCCAUGAUCUCUUUGGUUUGCGGCUUGACAUUCACCUCACUACGUCCACGUCGACACCUGAUGUGUUUGGACCGUUGUUCUGCUCAGCUUCACACAGACAUCCAUCGUCCUGCGCCACAUUGUUCUGAACUCUACCUUGCAAACAAGGUUCUGAUCAAACUCUUUUCAUGAAACUGGACAAAAACACAAGGUCAUAUUUAUUUUAUUUAUGCGUCCAAAUUGUUACUUUGAAGGUUAGUUUACAAUACGUUGAGAAUAAUGUUCAAAUCACGCAACUUUCCCAGCAGGUUUUUACUGGUCCAUUCAGCUGCAACGAUUGAACAGAUUAUAACUGUCCUCUCAUAAAUAUAUAUAUAUAUCAAAUACUUAUAUUGAAAAGAAAAAAAGUUACAAAUAUUAAACAUC